AUGACGUUAAAGAGCAACGAGUCGAGAAGGAGACGAGGACCACGAUUGUGUCAAUGUUGGGAACGAGAUAUUGUCAAUUCUGAGUAUGGUGCUUUUCCACGCAAGGAAAAAACAUUCGGGGAAGGUACUGUUCCCUCUAGCGAAUUGGAUCAAUAUGGGGAUUCACCACAGCAUCUGAAGUCGAAGGAACAGAUACCAUCAGUUCCUCCAGUGGAGCCAAUCGGCGAUACCGAUGCUCGAAAUGGGAAUACAGGUGGGGCUGCCCUUAGAUCAUUUAGUCCAAAAGCCGGAAAGAAGAAAUCUCUAUCUCGGUUUCUGUUUGCAAGAUCCAAAUUGUUUCAGAAAAAGAAGGGCAACUGCAUAGAAGUCUCUUCACAACCGAAUCUUCAAACAGACAGCACUGUAGUGUAUGAAGAUAUUUUGAAUGCCUCCCCUGAUCGUCAGCGGAAUAGAAAUAAAAAUGCGAGCACUGAAGAGUCUAGUUCCUCUGGAAAUCCACAGCUUUCUGAAGAUACUCCUGGAGCUUGCGAAGAUGGCCAGAUUUCGAAUGAUGACAACGGGGAGAAACCAAAAGAACCUGCCGCAGGAAACGAAAUGGGAACCUUUCCAAUAAUCUUGGACGCUGACAAUACAGCUUCGAGGAAUAAGAAAGUAUGCCCUCCUCCGCUUAUGGAAAUCAUGAAACUGCAACGUCGAAACUCGGGUUCCUCGGAUGUUUCCAGCUUAUCUGGAGCUGGAGCUAGAGGCCGGGACGUUCCUUUGGAGUACUUUUUGGCUCUGGACAUGGGAAAGAAGCAGGAAUCAUCGAAUAGCAUGUUCAUGGACGAUAUACUCAAUAUUGCAGAGCAUCGCGACUCUUUUGAACGCGACGCUGCUCUUCAACUGCAAAAAUCCCAAUCCACAGAAACUAGCGGUACAGUUUGGGAACCAAUGUCAAAGUGUCUCAUUCUUUUGACCGACCCAAUGCAACGAAUUUUCGAGAUGGUACCGGUGCUGUACGCGCCAAAGAAAGAUACCGUUGCUGCAAUAUUGGGAAGAUGCACCAAAAACGCUACCGAUCAUCGCCUCAAGAAACAACUAUAUGUGGGACUAGCAUACGGAGGCGAGCAUUGCUCUCUCCGCAUGUUACCAAAGGAUGUCAUUCGAAGGUCACUUGACGAAGGCAAACCGCUUAUGGCUAUCCCGGCCAAGUACAGUGCACAUCAAAUUGAAUUAGUGGGACAAAGCUUGUUGUCCAGUCAGCCUGUGCAAAGAUUACUUGAAAAGCAACUUGAGUCUAUUGGCUGUCCGCCCAAGGAACCAGAGCUCCCAGUCACUCAAAUAGUGGUGCCUCCGCGGCGAAGUAGUCGCGUCAACGUUGUCAGCGCCUAG